UAAGGACCUGCGCGCGACGGUUCUCGCCGCUGCCAUGGAGGCGCUGGCCAUGGGGGUCCGAGCGGUGCGGCUCUUGCGGGUCGCUCCCAGUGGCGGGGUCAGCCGGAGAUUUAUAGCAACAUCGCCAGCUUCUCAGCUGUCACCGACAGAAUUGACAGAAAUGCGGAAUGAUCUCUUUAAUAAAGAGAAAGCCAGGCAGUUGUCAUUAACUCCCCGAACUGAGAAGAUAGAAGUUAAACAUGUUGGGAAAACUGACCCUGGUACUAUCUUCAUGAUGAAUAAAAACAUUUCAACUCCCUACAGUUGUGCCAUGCACCUAAGCGAGUGGUACUGCAGGAAGUCCAUUCUGGCUCUGGUGGAUGGACAGCCAUGGGGCAUGUAUAAGCCUUUAACGAAGUCCUGUGAAAUUCAGUUUCUUACUUUCAAAGAUCGUGAUCCAGGAGAAGUGAAUAAGGCGUAUUGGCGUUCUUGUGCUAUGAUGAUGGGCUGUGUGAUAGAGAGGGCAUUCAAAGAUGAAUAUAUGGUCAAUUUGGUCAGAGCUCCAGAAGUUCCUGUAAUUUCUGGUGCCUUCUGUUAUGACGUACUUUUGGAUAGCAGACUUGAUGAGUGGAUACCAACAAAAGAGAACUUACGUUCCUUCACAAAGGAUGCUCAUGUUUUAAUUUAUAAAGAUCUUCCAUUUGAAACUCUGGAAGUUGACGCAAAAGUGGCAUUGGAAAUAUUUCAACACAACAAAUACAAAAUAGAUUUCAUCGAAGAGAAGGCAUCUCAGAACCCUGAGAGAAUAGUCAAGCUACACAGAAUAGGUGACUUCAUUGAUGUGAGCGAGGGCCCUCUUAUUCCAAGAACAAGUAUUUGUUUCCAGUAUGAAAUAUCAGCAGUUCACAGUCUUCAACCCACCCAGCCAAGUCUCAUACGAAGAUUCCAGGGUCUGUCUUUACCCGUUCACUUAAGAGCACAUUUUACGAUAUGGGAUAAGCUGUUGGAAAGAUCUCGGAAAAUGUCAUUCUUCACUACCUUGCCCGAGUCACACCUUCUCCAUGGAACAGUCUCAGAGUAAUCUCCUAACAAAUAAUUACCCAUUCGGAUAAGUUUGUGCUUGAUUGUAUACCUCAAUGUAUGUUUUUUGAUUGUUUUCUUUGCCAGUACAUUUAUCUUCUGUUUGUUAAUCCUUUCAGGAUUUGUUAUAUUUGUAUAAGCCCAAAUUCUGAAUAUAUUAGCACAUGAGGGGGUUCCCCAAGAAAUAUUUAUUGACUAUUUUCCAUAAUGAUAUAUAAACCUAGUCUUUAUUAAUGAAUAUAUUGAUAGGAAUUAUUAUUUAGGGACUUCAUAAUCUGGUAUAAGGAUUAUAUAAUUUUUUUUCUCAUGAGAAGAAAGUAUCUUUGGAUGGAGUAAUUUUCUCUUUUCAGUUGGUCGCAGAGAUCAUUAUAGAUUAAGAAACUGAAAAAGAACUGUUCAGCAUGGUUACUUAGAGUUAACUAAAAUUAAAAAAACUUGAAACUGGAGAAGAAAUGAAUAUUUAAGAAAUAGUUUGGGAAACUAAAGAAGCAAUAGUAACUGAACACUUUAAAGGAAGGAAAAAUGGAGAAAAAUGGCAGAGACAGUAUCUUAUUUAGAAUAUCUAAUAAUGUUAGCCAAUACAUAUUUUUCAAACAUUUAUUCUUCUUUAGUUGCUUUUUUCUACUGUGCAUUUUGCUUUUCUGAAGGGAUUAGAUUAAACCUGUGGUUCAUUGAUUCAACACAGUCUUACUGAUUGUUUACUGUGUGCCAGGUACUGUUACAGUCUGGAGGAAUAAAAAAUCAACAAAAUGUACUUGCUGCCUCAGGGAAAUAAUGUUGAUUGGAUAGUUAGACUUAUAAGCAGACAGUUCAGGUGUACUUGUGGGGCUCUGGCAUAAAGAAGGGGACUCAGACCAAGCUGGGGAGUUGGUUAAGGAAGGUUGGCAGGAAUUGGAAUCCCUUAAGUUGAUUUUAAAGGAUGAAUAAAAGUGAACCAUGCAGGUAAUCCGUUGGAGAAUGGGUUAGAGGCUAUCUCAGAGGAAGCCAGUUGCUUACAGGCAUGAAAGAAUAGAGAACAUGAUAAAUGUAAGAUGAAUUUGAAUGCACAGGUCACGUCUAGGGUAGCUAAUGAGUCUGUCCAAAAACAGAAUAUAAGGGGGCUUGUGUUCCUUGUUGUGAACUUACAUUCCUGACUUUUCUUCCUUCACCUCACUGAGGUGAUAGCGAGUGACUGGAGAAUUUUGAGUAGGGACGUGACCUGUUGAUCAGCUAUUCUUGCUUAAAAGCUCAUUCUAGGGGUAGCAUGGGAUAUAGCUGUCAACUCUUAAGCCACGGGUUCUGUUAGGGGGAUAGAAGAGGAAGAGGUCCUAAAGUUCAGCCAUGAUAGGGAGAACGACUGUGAGAGUUAACUUAGGUUGAGUUAAUAGGGCUGUUGACAGAAUAUGCAGGUAAGAAGAAGAGAGUGAAUUCUCGAAUACUGUCCUUAGUUAGCUGGGCAGAGCCCUUUACCAAGAUAGAUGAUCCAGGCAGGACAGGUUUUGGAGGUGUUGAAUUUGGAUUUAGCCAUGUCUGUUUGAUGAGUCUGAGUGACAUAGAAUAGAAUAGGGACAUGGCGAUAUCUAUUUAGACUAAAUCUAUAAUAUGCUCUAUUCUAAAUGGAAUUAUACUCCAAAAGAAAAUAAACUGAUUUAAAAUAUCUUGUUACAGCACUUCAGGUGUUUUUUUUUUUUUCUUAGUAAUGAUUGUGUUUUAUGGCUGAAAAGUAAAAUGGCAAACUUGAGAAGCCUAGGUAUAAUAUGCCUUAGAUUAUAUUAAAAUCUUUUGAAUGGAAUUAUUGUUCUUUACCUGAUAAUUUAUAUUGGUAACUUGCUGUUUAAAUCUUCUUACCUAACUUUCUGUAAUAAUAACUAUUGAAGGAGAAAGAUAGAGGAUCAUUAUAGGAGGGCUGUGGGAUGAUUUAAAAUGGUGGAUGAUGCUCUCUUUGGCAGCACAUAUGCUAAAAUUGGAAUGAUACAGAGAAGAUUAGCAUGGCCCCUGCACAAG